AUGCGCUGGUCGCUCAUCCUAUCCACCUUCGUAGCUGCUCAGUUUGCGCUUUCUUUCGCCACUGUUAUACCUUCAUCAGACCAAUUGCAAAGACGGGCCCCGGCCGAUGGGGCUAAAGUGUCCAGCAAGACCUAUCGCAAGAUUUCUCAAUUACAUCCCUAUGCGUACAAGUUUGAUAAGGCAGGCGGUGUUACUCGCCAUCGGCUAACGCAAUCAGCACGAAUCCCCAAUCAUCGUACAAUGCUCCUGAUCCCGAAAACGGAUGCCGAUCAUAUCUUUGAACAUCAGGUUCUGGAUCACCACCUCGAUAAGCAUGGCCUUAAAUUCGGUGACCUGCACCCUGAUCUCAAGAAGCAGGUUAAAGGCAUAAUGAAUAGCCCAAACAACCUGGUGCCAGUGCCCGCCGGCAUCAAUCGAGGAAAAGGCCAAGUGUUCAGGCAAGCGCGAAAAGGCAAGGCCAUCACCCCUAAGAAAGAUCGCGAUGCGUACAUAAAACUCAGUUACACAAGUUCCAAGAAAACAGCUAAACAGCUCGACCAUGCAUUCAAAAAGGCCGGCCACGAUUUCGGACAAAACACUGUGCAGCGCACGCUACGGAACAUGAUGAAUAACGCAAAGAUCAUGAACGCUAACGAUCCCAGCCCGGCGUCCUCAAGGUCAUCCUCAAGGUCAUCUUCAAAGGCGUCCUCAAAGGCGUCCUCAAGGGCAUCGUCACCUAAUCGCAGCCCGGCAUCCUCAAGGGCGUCGUCACCUCAAUCAAAUGCUAGUUCGAACAAGGCGAUCCCGAAGCGUCCAGCUCUUGUCUUCAUACCAAAGGCGCCAAACAGGAAAUCCGAUCGCAUUGCAGCGAAGCCACCGAAGAGCUAUAAGGUGUAA